UCCGAAACGAGGGAGACACAUUGGCCGAUCGCACCGGGCCAUGGUGAUGACGUCUUCGAAGCAGGCAGCGAACAUAGAGGAGUUCUUGUGGAACAUCCACACCGCCUUGGUGAGCGCGGCAGGUCCUGUGCAGCUGGACGGCCUCAGGGAGCAGUACUUCAAACACCACGGACACAAGUGCUACAUCGAGCGCUUUCUGGUGGUGGGGGAGGGCGGUCUUGCCGCCACCUUGAAGAGGAUCCCACAUGUUGUCACCGUCUUCAUCGAGAACGGCGUCACCUACGUGAAGGCAGCACAGGCAGCAGACAUCGACCGGAACCAGCUGGUGGAGGAGGACAAGCGCUACCGCCGGGAGAUCGCCAAGAAGAACGCGGCCAAGGCGGCGCAAAUGGGCACGUCGAAGGCAAAGGCGGCAGCUCCUCCUGCAGGCGCCGAGGCCGCGCCAACGGACGGGCAGGCGAAGAGGCCGGCAGAGGAGGCUGCAGGCAACGCGGAGAAGAAAGCCAGGAAUGAUGCAGAAGUGGAGACCUUGGCGCGCAUGCUCAUCCAGGGCGUGGUGCGAGUUCUGCAGAACCGAGCGAAAGCUGGGAAAGGCGCCCUGCCCAUGAACGAUCUGGAGACGGAGUUUAAGGAGCUGUGGAAGGUGCCCUUCAACGUGAAGCAGGCCAACGAGACCGACACCGUGGCCUUCCUCCGGAAGUGGCCCAGCAAGGUUGAGGUCAUCCAGCAGGGGGAGACGACCCUGGUCCAGCUUGCGCCAGCCAAGAACCUGAAGCCUCCGCCCAAAGCGAGCCAGGAAGAGGCCCCAGCCGCCCCGGCCGCCCCGGCUGCGCCGGCUGCGCCGGCCGCCCCGACCGCCCCGGCCGCCCCGGCCGCCCCGGUGCCCGAGCCCAAACCGGCGCCACCGGAGCCCAAGCCAGCAGUGCCGAAGCGGCCAGGGCCCUCGCGACCGCCGGGCACCAUCCAAGACUUCCUGUGGAACCUGCACACCUUGCUGCAUGCUAACGCAGGCCGAGUCCCGCUGGAGCAGCUGAAGGACGUGUACUUCAAGCACUUCGGGCACAAGUGCGGCAUCGAGAAAUUCCUGGUGGUGGGCGAGGGUGGCUUGCAAGGUACCUUGAAGAGGAUACCCCACAUCGUCCAGAUAGUGCAGGAGAGCGAGGUGAUCCUCAAGCCCAGCUUGGCAGCAGGUGCCACUCGGGAGGACCUGGCCGUGGAGGACGAGAAGUACAGGAAAAGCUUGCAGCAGAAGCAGAUGGCUGCCAAGGCAAAGGCCACACCGGCCGCCCCGGCGGCAGCCUCCUCGGCGGCCUCCUCGGCGGCGGCCUCUCCGGCGUCUCCGGAAGGUGAGAAAGACCCCAAGAAGGCGCGCAUGGAGGAUCCCGAGACCCUGCAGCGGAUGCUCAUCCAGGGAGUGCUCCGGGUGCUGCAGAACCGCGUCAAGGAAGGCAAGGGACCUUUGCCCGUGCAAGAUCUCGAGAAAGAGUUCGAGGCGCAGUGGAAGGUGCCCUUCAACCUCCAGCAGGCGGGUGAGACAGACGUCUUCGCCUUCCUCCAGAGGUGGCCGAGCAAGGUGGAGGUCUUCAGAGAGAGUGGGGUCUAUGUGGUGACGUUGGCCAAGAAGCCCACGGAGAAGGCCAAGGCCACAGCGGUCAAGGCGCCUCCGGCGAAAGCUGCAGGCAUCACUGCAGCGGCGCCCGCAGCAGAUAGGCCUGCAACAGAGGGCGACAAGGGCCAGCUCUUGGAGCUGAAAGACAAGGCCCAAGGCAUGCUGCGGAGCAUGCGGGAAAUGGUGGAACAACAGGAGGCGAUGGUCAAGACCCUGAACCAGCUUUGCAGUUAGGCCAGGCGUCGAAAUCCGGCGCCUAGGGCACCAACCAUGAGCACCAAUCCAAGGAGCUCAACCCGCGACGAAUCCGCGGCUGAAUCCGGCAGCAACUUCAGGUCAAGGGCAGUUUGGAGUUUCAAAGGCAUUAUUACUGUUUUCAGGCACGCAAAGUUGAAGAUUUUAGUCGCAGGGGAAAUAUGCACUUCUGAAGAAGAGAUCCAAGCCGUUCUGGGACAACGCGGCAAGUUGGAAGUCCUGAGCUGAAUUCGAACAUUUCGAGGUGUCACACCCAGAGAAAGACGAUGCCAGCCUUCAACUUGGAAUCAUG